GGCCGGGCGGCAGCAGAACAAAGCCCGAGCAGCCGCACGCCCGCGGGGGGCUGGACGCGGAGCCCUGCGGUCCGAGAGACACCAUCCGUCUGGAGCAGCGGGGCCGAGUCGUGGGGUCACGGGGGCAUGGUGGAGCCUAUCUCAGCUGACUACGGGCGAGAGGCGGGAUACACCCUGGACUGGUCCAGCCAAUCGCAGGGCACAUAUAGACAACCAUUCACACUCGUUCAUACCUAUGGACAAUUUAGAGUCAGUUGUUGUUAAUAAUAAUAAUAAUAAUAACAAUGUUGCUGUACCUCUGUUACCAUGCGUGUCACAUGUGUAAAUGGAGCGUUGUUGGUGGGUUUUUGGUGUAUUUUUCAGAAUGUGUAAUAUCGUAAGUGUGUCCCAUUAUGUGCACUAGUGAGCUAUCUGUUUAUCUUUAGUGGCACAGAAAGGAAAAAUAUUAGUAUUUAUUUAUUAGGGACAAUACAUAUUGAUGAACAUCUGCAAACCGUACAGAUGUAAAUUUGCCGGAUUAUAGCACAACAGCUAGUUUCCAUCUGUAGUCCCCUGGCAGGUAACAUGAAAUACCAAUAAACAAUGUAAAAAAAAACAAAAAAAAUCAACAUAGAACAUGAAAAGGCCAUAAGUGGUCCCAGCUUGGUUUUGUUUCAUCCACUUUUUGAGAUUUGUUUUGAAGAAUGUGUAAGUCUGAGAAUCUCAUUGUUGAUGGCAGGCUGUUCUAACAUGUUGUUCCAUCCCUUCCUAACUGACAGCACCGUUUGUCCAAAAGUGGUACCUCACAGUCCCCACGAGCUGUGGCUCGAGUGCCCAUCCCGCUCAUGACCUUCAGUUGAAUAAAAUCCUUCAAGAGGGGUGGGGCAAACCUAUGGAAAAUGUAAAAAACAAAACAUGCAUUUUUAAAAUAAAGUGAUUCAAAUUAAAAAACUGGUACUUUUCCCAAAACAGUGCCGUGAUGUGAUAAAAAUGGCUUUUUAUGAAGAAUUUGAAUAGCCUUUUUCAAAAGAGAUUGCAUAGGUUUAAUUGUUGUGAUGCAGUAUUUGGGGGGGUAAAUUGAGAGCUUUGCCUUCUGGCUCAGCUCUUUCUUCACCACAACGAUCCGCAUUACUGCAGACUCUGUGCCAAUCCAUCUGUGGACCUAACGCUCCAACCUUCCCUCACUCGUGAACAAGACCCCGAGAUACUUGAACUCCUCCACCUGGGGGCAGGACCUCAUUCCCAAUCUGGAGGGGUCUAAAGUUUUGAAAAUUAAAUUUGACUGUCUUUGUGUUCAUGUCUCACAUACGGAUUGUGGAUGACAGGAAAAUUAAAAAAAAAGUGCACUUUUCCUUUUUAAGAAGGAAGCGUUUUGGUUGUGGAGGUUUGAGGUACUUGCAGUCACGUGUGUGUGUGAGGAGUGGAGGCACAUGUUGUAGAUUUCAAACAAUUUUCAGAUGAGAAGAAGAUUUCGCUACUUCUGUGAGCGCCUUUCCCCAACUUUCACACUGCAAAACCCGCCUUUCCAUGACAUAUACAGGUAGGUGAGAUCUACGCAAGGCCAAUGUUCAGGCUGCAGUAUGGGAUGUAGGUCACAUGAAGGUCUACGGAGAAAAGAGAUCAUGCUUGCAUGUGAAAAAUGGGGGAUUGUACUGCUGACACUGACGUGAUAAAAUGAGGCACAGGUCACAUGAGCAAAGAAAGGGAACUGACCUGCAGCAGAUACACUUCUGGGGGGGAAGCUUUGGAGGGGGCGGGACAUGCGGACGAGGCACAGGUCAAAGGGCACAUCUCUUUGUUGAUGGUCUGGUUUGGUCCCUCAGACCAGCUGAAGGCGGUUAUGGAGCAGGUCCUGGACUUUGCCAUGUGCGAGCUGAAGAAGAUUGUGGAGGCCUCGUUUGAUGACCUCUUGCUGGAAAUCACCAAGAAGGAGCAUGAGCAGCAGGCGCUGGAGGACAGACUGGACAAGAGGGGGGGAGGAGCCAGAAGCGGAGGACGGAGAGGGUCCGAGAAUGACUCGGUGUCACCCAGUGGGUCUGAGGACGCUCGCAAGGACCCGGCAGCUGUGACUGAUGACCCCGCCCGCCAGCUUGACUUAUCUGUCUCGCAGGACUGGGUCCCCAUUUUGGACAAGGUGUUUGGACAGAAGUGGUGCGGUGAUGUCUGGCAGGUAAAAGAGUCCUCAGAAGGAAGAGGAGGGGAUGGCGGGCAUAGUUCCAGCGAGGGAGAUGUGCCACCGCCUCCUGUUACCUUGGAGACCCUGGAGCCUUCUCCCUCGUCUCCUCAGCAGGACCCCCGCUGGACGCCUCUGGAGGAUAUGGACGUGUUCUCCCCUGAUGAGGACGCUGGGGGCGGGGCAAGACCCUCCCCUGUCCCCCCGCUGAGCCCAUCGGGUCGCCGCUCGUCUGCCUCCAUGUUGCAGCGCCUGCUGACGUUACCGUCUCAGCUGCUGGAUGACGGUAACCCGGGUGUCGCCCACACGAAGUCUCAGGACGUCAAGGACCCCCGUGAUGAUGACGUCAGGUUGCCUGAGCACACCUCCUUGUUGCCCCUGACGACCAAGCAGCACCAUCAGCAGCAGGAGGAUGAGGAAGAAGAGGAGAAAACGAAGAAGAAGAGGCGACGUAAGGUUCGGACGGAGUGUGACGACUGCGGCCGCAUGUUCAGUCACGUGACCCCGCUCUGCGCUCAUCCUCAGAGUCACGGCGGAGUCGACUCUCCAUUGCAGUGUUCAGAGUGCGGCAAAAGGUUCCCAUCAACAGGCCGCCUCGGCAGCCACUUGGAGAAGCAACACUGUGGGCCCGGUGUGAAACCCGGAGGAGGUGGCGGUCCAGGAUGAGCGGUACAGACGUGACGACCUUGCAUUGUUGCCCGAAAGGUUUCACCACCUUCAGCCUCGUCUUUGUUCUGACAGGAUCAAUGAUGGUGACCAGGUUCCACCAUGGACUUCCUGCUUGUUCAUUGCAUCUCGUAAAGGCAGAAAAGCCACUGGACUCCAAGACACGACAAGACUUCCUGUCCAUCGGCUAAACGACUCUGCUUCUUCUUGAAAACGGGAAACACAUCCACACCACUUCCUGCUGGAUUGCUGGGCUCUUACUUCCUGUUUCCUGCUUUGUCACCAGUGGUCAUGUGACCUCAGCAGGUGAAUUGACAACAUGAUGAUGAUGAUGAGGAAGAGGAAAUUGGCUCUAUGGCGAACUAUGAAGUUUUUUGUUUUUUCACUUUUGCUCUGGAUCAAACUAUUUGCUCAUUGAUGAUGAUGAAGAUGAAGGUCCUUGGACUUGAUCAAGUGUUGAUUGAUCUCUGAAAGCUCACACAAGAGUGACACUGCCUGACCAAUUUAUGAGGUACAUUCCAGGAUUAGACUCUCAGGAUUAUUUUCAUUCUUCUACUUUUCUUUGUGGUUCAACUGUGAAUGUUUGCUGUAACUUCAUCUGUGGACAACUGGUCCCACCACCUGGUCCCAGCACAUUCCAGCACAGGUCUACAUACCUCAUGUGAUGCCUUUCCACUCACACGUUUUGUUACCUCAGCUGACUGGAUGGGACGGGUUAUUUUAUUCGGGUGUUUCGGGAAGACUGAAAUGGAGGUGGACCUUUCUCAGGUUUGAUGGGAGGACAGUUGGAACGUUGCAAUGAGAAGGUUGCUGGUUCAAUUCCCGGGCCCUCACAGACUAGGCUGUGUCUCCUGGAGGAGGAAACUUGCGGAGUCAUCAGUGUGAUCGUUUGUCAUUUCUCUCAGCAGGAGCAAAGUAAAGACACUGGGUCAUUUCCGUGACGUUUUAUUGUGACGUUGGUGUGAUUGGAUGACGUGUCCAUGGCAGCAGCUGUGUCCACGCCACAGUGAAUGAAUGAUAAUAAAUAAUAACCAUGUCAGUGUUCAUAUUCUCAUGGGAUUUAUCCACAGAACAUGGAUUCUUUUUACUGGGUGUUGCUUUAAAGGCAGUGGAUUGUUGAAGUGUUUGUCUUAAGACUUAACUUGUACCACUUGGAAUAAGAAUAGCGGAGACAUGUUGGACAGGGAAGCACCACACAUGGUCUUCAGUGACUGUACAACUGUGGAAAGAUCCUUUCAUGUUUUUCAUGCAAUACUUUUCACUUUUUGUAUUUCAGAUGAUGUGUGUCCUUGAUAUGACCUUUGUGUCCCAGGCCAGUUGAAAUUGAAGUGUUGAUUGAAAGAAGAUCAAUAAACGUUGACAGAUGCCACGUCGCUGAGCACUGCUCCUUAAAAAUUAAAAACUUGUAAAUAUUAGAUGGCUAUGGACAAAAUUGAACAAAUCAGAUUCCACUGUGAAAAUCAUAAAGACGGACCUCAUUUGUUCCAUGAAAUAUGAAUUAAUUCAUUCACUUUAUUACCUGGUGGUAGCGUGCUUCUUGGCUGAAGUGCUGCGAGGAGUGCGUGCGUGUGUGAGUAUGUGUCUGUGUUGCCAUGUCAGUGUCAUCUGCCCAGGGCCUUCAGAACCGCAUAGGCACUAUUAGCAAUGGGGCUGCUUCCUUUACACUUUCAGGGCUAGCUUG